AUGACUUCCGACCAGGGCUAUACGGUCGGCAUGUGCGGAGACGGCGCCAACGACUGCGAGGCGCUCAAAAUGGCGCACGUGGGCAUCUCGCUGUCGGAGGCCGAGGCGUCCGUGGCGGCGCCCUUCACCUCCAAGGUGGCCAACAUCACUUGCGUGCCGACCGUGGUGCGCGAGGGCCGCUGCGCGCUCACCACCAGCUUCGGCACGUUCAAGUACAUGGCGCUGUACAGCAUGAUCCAGUUCGUGUCCGUACUGCUGCUGUACCAGCACCACAGCAACCUGGGCGACGCGCAGUUCCUCUACAUCGACCUGGUCAUCACCACCACGGUGGCCGUGCUGAUGGGCUACACGGCGGCGGCGCCCAGUCUGCACCGGCGCCGGCCGCCCGGCAGCCUGCUCGGCGCGCCCACCGUCGUCUCCAUCCUGGCGCAGCUCAGCGUCCGGGUGUGA